AUGCCAGCUUUCUACUCAGCAGGCCCCUUGGCCAACCAACUGCCCAUCACACCGCCAGACUCCGGGUCCGGUUACGGCUACAGCAACAUGCAUUACGCUCAGGAUCCAUAUGCGCAGCAGCAGCAUCAAGCUCUGACUCAAUCACGGCACGAUGCCGCUUAUGAUUACCAGCAAGCUUAUGUGCAGCCAUCAGUGAGCGCGGCACCGUCGGCGUACUCAUACCAGCAAAGCAACUACCAAGCAGCCAACAGCCUACCACCUAUCCAGAGCUACUACGAGCCCAUCGGCGCGCCGAUCUUACCGCCACUGAGGAUUAGUGAUCGCAUGCCGUAUGCUGAUGACUACCAGCGUCGCUACCAACAAGAAGCUCAGAAUGCGGCAGUCGCACGCGAACAGCAGCAAAGACAAGCAGCCAAGGAGGAGAAGGCGACGGGUGGCGUGUCUGCCAAGCUUGACUACGACAUGGAACGCAUGACGGAUUUUGUCACGGACGCUACCAUGACAAUGUAUGCUCUCCACGUGUCCCCCCAUGUCUGCGUCGCAGAUGUUGACGUGACCCGAAGCUUCCAUCACCGGAUGCAAAGCCCGCCGUCCUUCCGCAAGUGGGUGCUUCAAGUGCUGUCGGCGACACGGCUACCCUCAGCGACGAUCAUGCUCAGUUUGCACUAUCUGAACGAUCGCGUGGCGCAUUUCCCGGAGACGGUGUCGACGAGUGAGAAUCAGAUCUACCGGCUACUGACCGUUGCUUUAAUCCUUGGCAGCAAAUUCCUGGACGACAAUACCUUCAUCAACCGCUCAUGGUCCGACGUCACCGCCAUCAACGUGCAGGAGCUGAACAAGCUUGAGGUUAAGUGGCUCGAGCUUAUCAACUGGCAGCUACACGUGGAUGCCGAUUCGCCUUCCGGCGUGCAAGUCUGGCUUCACGCCUGGCAGAAGUACCAAGUCACUACAGAGACUGUGCAGCAGCAGCAGCAGCAGCAACAGACACGUCUACCCUCACUCGACACCAGUGUCAACCGUCACUCCGCUCACCGUGAGCGAUAUUCGCCUUACCCAACACCGUACACUUCUGCUACCAGCCGCAGCACCUACGAAGCGCCCGUCUCGGCGAGGUCGUCACAAUACGCCGGCAUGACAUACGCCACCGAGCCGUGGGUGCCCGCCGAACCGCAAGCGUUCGAUGACUUCUACAAGCGUCAGCAUCGCUACCCGACGCUCACGGAGAUUGACGAUGUCAAUCGGAGAGUUUCGGAGGAGCGUGCUCGUCAGCAGCAGUCAUAUUACGGCUACCCGCAAAGCGCUCAUCAGUCAUACUACCAGGCGCCUGCCUACGGCUCAGCUUGGGACCAGACAGCGUGGAAGACGGCGCAUCGCUACGACUGCAGCUGCCAGCAGUGUGCUUAUGCUGGCUACUAUCGCUCUCAUCCUGGUUCGGCUUACCCUGCGCAGACGGUGAUGGGAUGA